CCGCGAGCGGCGCGCGCGGCGCGGUGUGUGAGUGCGCUACGUGCGCUGUGUGUUUGUUUCAUUCUCGUUGCGUGCGAAGCCGUCGAAAGCAUGACGCAAGAAAGCCAGAUACCUCCCCCACCGGUCAUGUGGGCUCAAAGAAAAGAUAUCUUAUAUGUUACUAUCUGCUUAGAAGACUGUAAAGAUCCUAUUAUCGAAAUUGAACCAGAAAAGAUACACUUCAAAGGAGAGGGAGGAACAGAUAAAAAAAUGCAUGAGAUUACGAUUAAUCUGUACAAAGAAAUUGAGCCCAGCAAAUCUGUAAAAAAUUUGAAAGGCAGGACUUUUGAAUUGAUUCUCGCUAAGAAGGAAGAGGGACCAUAUUGGCCACGGUUAAUUAAAGACAAAACAAAGGCUCACUGGUUAAAGAGUGACUUUAACAAAUGGAAGGAUGAGGACGAUACCGACGAUGAAAGUAGCCCUCCAGAUUUAGAAGAGAUGAUGCGACAGAUGGGUGGUCUGAGCGGUUCCGGUGACACUAAGCCAAAUUUCGAAGACUUGGAUGAAUUAGGGGACAACGAUGCCGAUAGCGACGAUGAAGAUCUUCCCGAUUUAUACGAUUAAAGCGAUAAAAAUAAAAUAAUCACACACACACAUCGAUCAAGUAAUUAAUUACAUUAAAGACAAAUGGCAACCUAAGGAUAGUGCACUAUCGGGCAAUAUUUCAGUAGGCCUUGCUGUUUGUAUCUUCAAUUGCAAAUUUGUUAAAAUGGCCGUGUUGCAAAUAGCAAACGGGACGCGCAAACUGAACUGAAAAAGGAAAAGGAAAGAAAAGAAAAAGAAACUGUAAAGAUACAGUGCGGCAACAGUCGACGAACAGUAAUACAGCUCUCGAAGAACCUCCACAGGUCUCUCCCGCCUCCCCUAUUAGCCUGUAGUUGAUAUACUAAGUUAUAAUGGACAAGCUUUUUUAAUAAUGUACUUGUGUAAAAUAACGCAAGAAGAUAAAAAGGGAAAAGAAAUGAAAAUAACCAAAAUUAUCUAUAGAAUUGUUCAUUUUGGAAAAUCCUGCAUAGCGCUAUUGGCAGACGUGAUCAAAUGUUAUAAAUGUUGUCUGAGAUAAAAAUAUCGAUACUUUA